AUGAAAAGGGAAGCAAUUCAUGAUGACAUGCACUCUGAAGAUGAAUCAGGGACUAGUACGAGUACUGCUAGCGACAGUCGAAAAAGGAGACCAAUUUUGGCUAUGGCGGGAAUAACAAAAUCAAUUUCAGCUUGUAAACGCUGUCGAUUGAAAAAGAUUAAGUGUGAUCAAGAGUUCCCAAGUUGUCGAAAAUGUGCGAAGGCGGGAGUACCGUGUGUUUCACUAGACCCUGCUACUGGCAGGGACGUUCCAAGAUCGUAUGUCAUGUUUUUAGAAGAUAGACUGAGUGCCAUGAUGAGCAAACUGAAAGAUUGCGGUGUGGACCCGACAACUGUACAGGGAAAUAUCCCGGCAACAAGUGAAGAUGUGCCUUGUAAUCUGGAACUGUAUGAGGAAAAGAUGAGAGGUGAGCAUCAAGUGCCGUAUGACAACGUAUUGGCCGGUUUUCUGAUAAACAAAGGGACUUCCAUGCAAAGAGGUGUUAGUAACCCUGGAAGUGCACAAUUACAUGGCGAAAAAGAGGCCGAGCUUAAAGAUGCUAAAGGUGAAUCUGUUCAACACUCGUCACCUGCGGCUCGCUUCUCUACGGACUCCAUAACGAGAUCGAUAGAAUUAGAUGAAUCAAGUAAGAACGUUGCAGCCAUUGGCUCAAUGAAAAACAAUGCCUCAAAUUCUUAUUUAGGAGAUUCUUCAGGUAUUUCAUUUGCCAAAUUGGUGUUUACCGCAGUAAAUUUCAGACCAGAUUUUAUCAAUGAGGAAUCUGACGAGGAAAUAGGUAAAAGGGAAGAGAAAUAUGAACAGUAUGCUGAUACUGAAUCGACGACAGAUUUUGAACCUUUAUGGUUACCACCACCUGAAACCGCAGAUCUAUUAAUUUCACAGUAUUUUGUCGACAGCAAUUCGCAACUGCCAAUUUUGCACAGAGAGGUUUUUUUAAAGAAAUAUUAUGAACCGAUUUAUGGACCUUGGAACUCUGACCUUUCUCUAGCGUCAGAUAACACAGAGAUAAAUUCUUCGUUUCAACUCCCCAAAAGUGAUGACGGCAUGGAAGAGCGCUCCAGUAAUACAAGGAGCAAAGCAUUGGAAGAGCAACCAUGGUAUUUUAUACUUUCAAAAUUGAGCGAGGAUGAGCUAAAGGAAUUUAAGCUACCUAAUAAAUUCAAGAUUCCAUACUUUUUCCUAAAUAUGGUUUUCACUAUUGGUCACUCUGUACAAGUACUGAAAUCAGACAUUCAAUUUUUGGUUUCAUUGAAGAGAAGAGCAGUCCAGUUCUCAAAUUCACUUUAUGGUUCUCCUGAUCGAAUGGAAGCAUUGGCGGGUACAUUGUUGCUGGCAACAUAUUCUUUGAUGAGACCAAAUAUUCCGGGGGUUUGGUAUACCAUGGGAUCUGCUCUGAGAUUAACCAUUGACCUAGGCCUCCAUGCUGAGAAACUGAAUAGAAAUUAUGAUCCAUUUACGAGAGAACUUCGAAGGAGACUAUUCUGGUGUGUUUAUUCUUUGGACAGACAAAUAUGCUCUUAUUUUGGAAGGCCUUUUGGAAUUCCUGAAGAAAACAUCAGCGCAUCGUACCCAAGUCUUCUUGAUGACGCGUUGAUAACAACAUUUAAUGAUAAUAUUAAUGAUUACUCCAAAGUUCAAACUUCUAUGGCAACUUCUAAAGUAAUUGCUUUGGCAAUGUUUAAAGUUAGAAGAAUUCAGGCCAAUAUUGUAACAGUUUUAUAUGCGUAUCAUGGUGAAGUGCCUAGAAAGUAUGCAAAUCUACAUGUUUGGAGAGAAGCAAUGGAUCAGGCACUAGACAAUUGGUAUCACAAAGAAAUUCCGAAAACAUACAAAAAGAUGAACUGUAAAUUCAAUACAGAGUACUUUAAGCUGAACUAUUAUAAUACCAAGACGAUGCUGUAUGGAUUAUCACCCAAAAGCUUGUCACUGAGCGAUAAAGCUUUCGAAGUAGUUUACGAAAAUACAAAAGGCACUAUCGAUUCAUAUUUCACCUUGUGCCACAAGAAAAAACUAAAUUAUACCUGGGUCACUGUCCAUAAUCUAUUUAUGGCAGGUAUGACUUAUUUAUAUGUUAUUUACUACUCGGAUAGAGGUGUUACUGAUGGUAGACUAAUGGCAGAGGAUUAUACUGCAAGAUUACUAUUUGUUCUGAGAGAACUGAUUGGUACGUGUGAAGCAGCAAAGAAUUGUUUUAUAUUUUACAAAGUUCUAUCGGCAGCAGUUCUUAAAUUAAAAUUCACCAUGCAACAUGACGAUCCUAAGGACCAGGAAGAAAAUAACAAGAAUACCCAAACACACAAUGACACACCGGCACCUGUAAGUGUGACUGGGAAUGUAAUAGCAAUGUCUACAAAUAACUCACCAACCGACAGUUUACGGGCGACAAUGAUGGAGGAUCCUUUUGAAAUACUCAGGGCAAAAAGAGAAUUGCAGCAGAUUGGCGAUGUCCCACUGGAUGAAUUUUUCGACGAACUAGAAAAAAACACAGCAAUGUCAGAUCCGGAAUCUAGUAAAAGUCACUUCUCAAAUAUGACUUCCCCAGAGAGAGUAAUACACUCUGGGGUAGGUUCGACGACGGCAAUGUCCAACAAUGAGAACAGACACUCUAGAAAAUCUUUUCCAGCAAAAGAUGGACAAAAGGUAAUGGACAUUUUAUCACAAAUAACAACAGAAUCUAUUUGGGAUGAGUUUUUCGGAAAGUCCGGCAUGCUCAAUGGAAAUGAGCUACCGGAAAAUUUCAAUUUCAACAAUAACGGUAAUUUCUCUUAG